CACAUAAAGUACUGAGCGGAGUGUUGUCACUGCAGAGCUGUGUGUGAGAGAGCCAGAGGAGGAACUCAAUCAGGUUGUGGUGUCAAAAGCUGAACAUUCAUGGCAUGCACCCAAAACUACACUGCUCCGUAUGAGAGCACCCUCUUCCCCAUCGUCUAUGGAAUGGUCUUUUUAUUUGGAUUGCUUGGUAACUUGGCAGCAACAGGUGUGAUAUACCAACAUGUGAAGCGAAAAAAUGUGCUAGGGGUGUAUCUUGCCAAUCUCUGUGCCUCGGACCUGGUCUACAUCUGCACCCUCCCGGUUUGGAUUGCUUACACCGCUAAAGAAGACUGGCUGUUUGGGGCUGUCAGCUGUAGGAUUGUCGGCUUUUUCUUCAAUGCCAACCUCUACACCACCAUAGCUUUCCUCAGCUGUAUCGCCGCUGACCGCUUUUUAGCAACCGUCUUUCCAUUCAGGGCCAAAGCCUUGCGGACUAUGAGGGGCGCCUUAUUAGUCUGUGUGGUGAUUUGGCUGAUCAUCUUGGGAACCCAUUCGGUUUUCCUUGGUCGAAAUGAACUCUUCAAUUCCAGUCACAAUAUCAAGCUUUGCUAUGAGAAAUAUCCGCUGGACAUGUGGAUGGUUCGCGUCAACUAUUUUCGCAUCUUCGUUGUUUUCUUGAUCCCUUUGGUGAUCCUUGUGGUCUCCUACUGCUCUGUUGUCCGAGUGGUCCAUCGGAGCCACGGCUUGGAGAAAGAUCAGAAGCGUAAGAUCAUCGGACUCCUUCUAACCAUGACCGGCAUAUUUGUCAUCUGCUACCUCCCGUAUCACAUCGUGCUUUUCUUCCGCUCGUACGUCAGUGAGCGCAAUCCCAAUCCCUGUGCUAUGGAGGAUAGAUUACGUCCAGCUUAUCGGGUCACGUUCACCUUCACCAGCCUUAGCAGUGCUCUGGACCCUUUCGUCAAUAUAUUUGUCAGUGAAAGUAUCAAGCAAGACUUGUUGAAGGAGGUCCGAGCUAUAUGGACUGGCUUCCGAUCCAUACGCCAUCCGCGGUCCUCUCUUAGGCAGUCUUCGAGGGUUGUUGGUUAUAAUACGGUGGUCAAUCAAAAAGACAACGACCAUCUCCUGGUAGAACGAAAGGAGGACACAGCAGUUUGAUCUAGAGACUGAUUGUACAUGAGACCUAAAGUAGAAGGGCCUAUUUAAAGCUGAAGUUUAAUCUGUUAAUAUUUUGCCUUGCCUGGUUAAUCCUUUUUCCCUUUUUUUUAUUAACAUGCUAAUUAUAAUUUUUUUUAUAAAAAAUGUUUUCUAUGUACUGUAUGCCUUAUUUUAGACCCAGUGAUAUCAUAAAGGGGUCUCUAGCUUCCUCAACACCAGGGGUUCUCCAACCUUCCAAAGCAAGGUGCUAGUUUACUGUCCUUCAGACUUUAUGGGGGCCGGACUGUAUUCAUUGGGAGUACACAAUGUCCCGGCAUCAGUUGGAGUAAACAAUACCCUGAAAGGAAUUGUGCCCCAUCGUUGGUGUCAUUGGGUGGGAGGAAUCCUUCGUUGGGGUGGGGGGGUUAUGCUCAUUGUUAGAGGAUGAAAUAUUGCCCAAAGGGCUGGAUAAAAGCAAGCAAAGAGCCACGUCUGGCCAUAUUUUAGAGACCACUGCUCUAUGCAAUGCAGGAAGAUCAUGGUUGGUGGCAUAGACCAGCAGGGUGUUGUGCAUACCUUGCUGAAAACCUCACGGCGCCCUCAUCUCAGGAGCCCUCAGCUCAGAUGCAAGCUGGUUCUUGAAAGAAAUUACGUAAAUAUGCCUUCAUGAGUGUAUACCAGUCUUGAGAAGUGAACAUCCCUAGGCAGGUUGUCUUUUCCUGCACACUGCCCUAGGUACCACCCACACGUGAUGCUGAGCAUACACAAUUAAAGGGGUUGUAAAGGUACAAUUUUCUUUUCCUAAAUAGCUUCCUUUACCUUAGUGCAGUCACUUAGGUGGCUGCAGAGAGCUGCAGCUGCUCAGCAUGUACAAAGCAAUGAGACUGGCAGCCGCUGCAGCGAUGCAUGGGUGUUCAGAUGUAAUCUGAAGCAAUUACCUGCAGCCGGCAACAGAUUAUCUCCCUUGGGUGCACAUCCAUCUGUGAAUCCAGCCCCAGGAACGUGUUGGAUUCUUGCUGCAGCUGGCACAUAAAUAAGGCCUUAGGCUGGGUUCACCCCUUUUGCUUUUUCCCCUGGUGUGGUUUCCAGUAAAAUCAAUGGAGACUUAUCAAUGCACAAUGAGCCCUAAUGUCCUACUUGUGUGGACAUUCGUUAUAACGCAUGUUCUCGGGCAGCGCUGUACAUUGAUUACAAUAGGGAAUGCAUCAAGCACCAGCCGACCGACUCCCGAUCAGCGCUUUCAGCCAAUGGCACGACACCUCGAAAUAACCAACAAAAAAAAAAGCCAGACACUUGUGGUAAAACUCUGGAAACUGAAUUUUAUUGGACCUGUUGCCCUGAGCCCAUUGGGAAAAUACAUGUUUACAUGUUCAUGUCUUUUUUUUUUUUUUUUGUAAUAGUUGAAUAUUCUUUACAAUAAAAUUACAUUUUGCUCUUUUUUUUUUUAAACCCGUUCUAGAAAACCCUUUUACAGCAGCAGGAACAGAAUCCAGUUGGAGAGGACAUAACCAGCUCAUGCAUUAGAGUUCCCUUAUGUAACCUACGGCAUGCAGUCACUGAUUCUUCAUGGUCCUAGUGGCUGAGACACGUUACGUGGCAUCGAUGCAACCUCACCAACCUGGUGGUCUUUGGUGCUGAACAUCCUCCAGUGGCCAACGGAAAGCUAACAAAGCACUUUACUGUGUAGCGCUGGAAUGGGACAUCAACAACAAAGACCAGCAUGCUUUGCUCCAGGGCCAAUAUGGCCACCGUUAACAGCCUGUAAGUACAGUCGUUCUGGUUGCAGGAAUUAUCACAGUAAAAGUAAAGCCACUUUUCUGAAAGCGGGCCGGCCUGCGUGACCUGCAGCGGGCCCAGGAAAUACACGUACUCUCUGUUGGGAUUUAAA